AACACCCCCAUUAGCCACAGCUCACUCCAUCUACAGUCCACACAACCCAAAAUUAAACAUUAUGACAAAUCCUCAAAAUGCGCCGCCGUGUUGCACCGUCGAUCCUUACGACCGCCUCCAGAUCGUCCGCAACUCCGACGGCACCAUCAAGCGCCCCCACUUCCCCGACGCUCCAGCACCGUCCGAUCACGACGGCUCCGGCCCACUUCUCAUCAAAGACGUCCAACUCAACUCGCAACUCGGAACUUGGCUCCGUCUAUACAUUCCCCGGCAGCCACCGGUAACCUUCUCCUCCGCCGUGAAGCUCCCCGUCGUCGUCUACUACCAUGGCGGCGGCUUCAUCAUCUACAGCGCCGCCUCCGCUCUCACCCACGACUUCUGCUCCGAAAUGGCCGUCCACCUCGCCGCUGCGAUCGUCUCAGUCGAUUACCGUCUCGCGCCGGAGCACCGGCUCCCGGCCGCGUACGAGGACGCCGUCGAGGCCUUGCAGUGGCUGAAACGCGCCGACGACGAGUGGGUGAGCGAGUUCACCGACUUGUCUAACUGUUUUCUUAUGGGUUCAAGUGCAGGGGGGAACAUGGCGUACCAUGCAGGGCUGCGCGCGGCGUCGACGGACGUUGAUCUUGAACCGGUGAAGAUCAGAGGGCUGAUAUUGCACCACCCGUUUUUUGGUGGGUCUAAGAGGACCGGGUCAGAGAUGAGGCUGGUCAACGAUCCGAUAUUGCCGCUGAGCGUCACUGAUCUGUUGUGGGAGCUGUCGCUGCCGAUUGGGGUUGACCGCGACCACGAGUAUUGCAAUCCGACAGCUGCGAAGGGGCGGGGGCAGCUUGAUGGGAUAAAGCGGCUGGGGUGGGGGGUCUUGGUGACGGGGUGCGACGGCGACCCCUUGGUCGACCGGCAGAAGGAAGCGGCGGAGAUGAUGGAGGGGGAGGGGGUGGAGGUGGUGGCACAUUUUGUGGAGGGAGAUCAUCACGGGAUUGAGGUAAUGGUCCCUGAGAAAGCUAGAACUUUGUUUGGAAUUCUGAAAAACUUCAUCACACAAGCAUCAUGAUUUAGGCCACAUAUUUCUAGACACCCCCCCCCCCCCCAAAAAAAAGAAAAAAAAAAAGAGAGAGAGGAAUGAUUCUACUUCUUCUCUGUGCUGUGGGCUAUCAUCAAUGUCAUUGUGGUGACUGUGAAGAGAUCUUGGUAAUGGACGAUGGCCAACAAGGGAGCAGGAAUAAUGGCUUUGUUUGGGUUGCGCAUCAUUUUUUUUUUUAAUAUAGAAAUAAACGUAUGUCAUUCCUAAAAACUUCUUGAUUUGACUUGUUGUAAGAUUGAAUUUACAUUUUAAUAUAAUUGGAUUAUCAUUUCAAGUUUUA